AUGUUUUUUUGUGUGUGUCUGUUUUUAUCGAUAUUUCUCAUUAUUUUUCUUGCAUUUGGUAGAUGAGAAAGCGUGCUGAAGAACAGAAAAUUUUCAUUAGUUUGGUUUAUCUUGAUAACUAGAUCUCUGGACCACCUCGACUAAAUCCGGAUUCUUGAAGUUAGGGACCGGGCAAACGGUGGCCUCACGGUACAGAAUGUUUGGCCACCGUGAAAUUCAAACAUGUGAUCACAAACACUUAUUGCUUUUCCCAUUCCCAGUUGGAAUACAACUUCUGAUUCUCGCUUGAGGAAGUUGUGUCAAUGUGUUUACCACAACUUCUUCUUUUGGGCCAAAACAUUUUGAUGCUAAAAGAUUAAGCUUUUACCAAUAUAACAGUUUUGGCAAUCAAUAUCGCCCUAGGUGGUGCUUAUUCCGAGAGUAAUUAUUCAAUAGUCCAGGAGUACAGACACGCAGUACUCUGGACAAGUUUACAAGUGGUCUGGAGUAUUACGUGGCGGCACCCCGGACUAUUGUAUAAUUUCACUUAUUCUGAGCACUUGCCGGUCCUUCUUGUGUUUCGUUACAGAUGAACGUAUACGUGAAGGUCAUCAAAACAGUUGCCUUAAAAGGUAUCACAGACAACUAAAAAACUGAAGGCAUUGUUUCAUAAGAAGGAAGGCACUCCGGGAAAUGUUCAGGAGCUGUUUUUCGCUGUGAGCGGCUCAAGGAUGACCACAAGCUGGUUGACUAUGGGUCAUAUUUCUCUUCCUGAUUUUGUUAUCAAGAACUGCAAAGUGAGAGUCGAUUUGGACAAGCAUGCUUCAUUAUUUCAGGCAUUUCGGCUGAGGAAAUUAUUCGUUGGAGAUGCUGGGAAAAAGAAAAGAGAAGCUGAAUUUGGGAAAAGGCCUUAUUGGAUGGUGCCAGUGAGCCAUGGGUAUCAUGUUGUCGAGGAUCGGUCAUUCACAGGUGAGUCGAAUGGUGAGUCCAACUCGGUCCCCGUCUCUGUUGUGGCACAGAGAGAGCAAAUUGGAGAACUUGAAGUGUGGUUUUUUGGAGUUUUCAAUGCAAGAAUGGGAGACUGUGUUGCAAAGAGCAUGCAGUCACAUCUGUUUGAUAAAAAGCCCAAAGAGUCUCACUUGAAGAGGAAGAGCAAAGAGGCAAUGAGAAAGGCAUAUGUGGGUGCAAGAGGGAAGAUGAAAGAGAAAGCAGAGGAGAAGGGGAAGGGGAAGGAGAAAGGGAAAGUGGGUGGUGGUGGUUCAGCAUCUGCCAUUGUCAUCAAUGGAGAGAAGGUUGUGAUGGCUAACAUGGGUGGAUACAGAGCUGUUGUGUGCAGAGAUGGUGAGGCUCAUCAGAUCAAUAGGACAAGGCAAAAUCAAGGGACCCCCAGAAGACAUUGGUCUAGAAAACUCAUUCCAGGUGUAAUACGGAUGCCCAAAGCGCGUAUACUCGUGCGCGAAUCCGGUGCUGAAGUGGGGACUGAUAAGGCAAACCCUAAAUGCUCAGCAGAAAUUGUGGUUGGAGAUGAAAGAAUAGACUCCAAUACUGAGUUUGUCAUCUUGGCUAGUACUGGCAUCUGGGAGGUAUACAUUCCAUUUUUCUUGACCGUUUUCUUUCUAUAUCACACUAAGAUGCACGCACUUGUCUGGGAUAGGGGAUACUGAAACAUUCGUGGACACUCCCUACAUGUGUUGGACACAUCUCAGAUAUGCAUCUUAUUUAUAAAACUGACAAGUUGAGGACACGUUAAGGCGGUCUCAUAAGAAGACCAAAUUAACGAGAAAAUUGAGAGGGGAUCGAUCAAAAUGAUCGCGAUGCUGUAUGUUUAGUUCCCGUGUCAUAAUAUGCACAUAGAGGAUCCGCCAGAGAGGCUUUAACUAGAAUGAGCAAAAGCAAUAUUUCCUGUUUGGUCAUUCGCUUUGAGUGAUUACACAGUUGUGUUAUCUUUCUUAGGUGCUAGAGAUACCCCUUCCUUUUGAGAAUUUGGAUAUUUGGGAAUUUCUUGAAUAAAUAAUUAUUUCAACAGGGUCUUUUCCCAUGCACCAAAACAAAGGUAAGUGAGGAUGUUUUUCUGGAAAGAAAACUUACCUCAUGGACCCAGAUGACAUACUCAGUUUGAAUGACAAUAAUGAGAAUGUGAUGUCAUAUUUCCUUGAUUCCUACGUUCGAACUGCCUAGAAUGAGAAUCUAAUUCCCAACGACAUAUUCAACCACAAAAACACAUUCCCAAACUAAGAGUUUGAUCCCUCCCAUACCCCAUGAAAAUUAUCCUAGAUUUCUAGCUCAAUCAAUAAAAAAGGAAAUGUUUAAGAGUAAUUUUCAAAAUAAUUGAUUCAUAGAUGAGACUACUAAAUUAACAAAAACAUCGAAAUAGAAUUACUUUAGGUAUGGAAUUACUAGGGAUCAAUUAGAUUCAUAGUAAUCAAACUCGUAUUCCUACCAAAAGAUCAUGGGCAAUUAAACAUAGCGUAACUGUAUUAAAAAAAAAAAAAAAACUGUUUAGCUUAUCAUCCUUGAUCUAUCUUUUAACAAACACAUUAAAUAGUUUUGCUUGUUUUUUCCUUCAUUCUUUUACUACACUUUCCAUCGUAUUUUUUCCCCGACACAAAAGAGGGAAGCAAAGUUUCUCAUUAAUACAAAACUGAAGUACUCGUCACAGCAACCAAUCUUUAACAAUAUAAACAUUUCCCUAAACUUGAGAUGAACAAUCUCUUUCUUGUUUUAUGAGUUUAAAAGAUAUCAUAACAGCAAGAAUCGACGAUGAGGAAGAACUUCUCGAAAAUCUCCAGAACGAACUUCAGCUUAUGCCCGUGGAUGUAAUCCUUUGUCUAACAAUCAUGCAACUUAAGAAUAUAGCUGACUUGCUGAUUUUCUU